AUGUCUUUCGAAGGCGCGAAUACGAUUACAUUUACUGCUAUUGCAAUUGUGCUUUCAGCUGUUUUCUGGAAGCUGAGCAAAAUUGGUCGCAGACCAAGUAGCUACCCCCCCGGACCACCUACACUGCCACUCAUCGGUAACCUACACCAAAUCCCCAAUCAGAAGCGACAUUUACAAUUUGAGAAAUGGGCUCAAGAGUAUGGACCGAUCUAUUCACUUAUGUUAGGGACCAAAGUCAUGAUUGUUCUCAACUCAGAUUUGGCUAUCAAAGACCUCGUAGAUAAGCGAGGUGCUAUUUACUCUUCUAGACCACAGGCAUAUAUCGCCCAGGAUAUUCUCAGCGGUGGACUAAGGAUUCUAUUCAUGGUACUUGAGUCAUCCACUCCGUUCUACUAUGUAAUUGACUGGCUAAUCAAAAUAUUCUAGCCAAAUUCCGACGUGUGGAAAAUGGCACGCAAAGUAUGUGAAUUUGUCUCAAUUUAUGUUUUGUGUGAUAUACUAUGUUAAGAUAUCAAACGAUUGAACUCUUGAAGCCUACAAGUUCUGGGAAGAUCGAACAGCAUAGCAUUUGCCACGCCUUACUCUCCCCCCUACAAGCUUCGAUUUAGCUGACAUACCAAUUCAGAUCGCACACCGAGUUCUCAACAUAUCUGCCGCAAGGACUUACGUCCCCUAUCAAGACUUAGAAAGCAAAGCAAUGCUACUUGGAUUUUUGAAUAGCCCCGGCGACUUCAUUAACCACCUGCGUCGAUAUUCAGCGUCCUUAACCACGCAGAUGACAUUUGGCUUUCGGACAACAAGCACACAAACGAAAGAAUUUAAGGAAGUGUUCGAUGUUAGUAUUGUAGAAAGUUGUGUUACAAUGAAAGAGCUCCUAACAAUCUUUGAAGAUUUUGGACCGAGGUUCCGAGCUCAGUGGUUCUCGUGUGAGUCCAAAAAACUAUUCCUAGAUGCAUCCCUUAUAGGUCUUCCGAAGUGAAGUAACAAAACUGAUCAAAACACUCUAGAUGGCCGCCUUUCUAGACCUUGUGCCAAUGUUAAGACAUAUACCUGAAUGUCUCCUGCCCAUCAAGAAAGAAGGGAGGGAGAUACACCGUCGAGAGUUGAGCCUUUUCCGGCGCCUCUAUCUUCAAGCAAAGCAGGGAUUAGUAGACGGCAGCGCCAAGGUACGAAAGCUCCUGAACAUGGCAAAAUGAAGCAUUCCUAACCUGUAACUAUAGCCAUGCAUCUGCGUUGAUCUUAUUAAGUUGCAGAAAGAGGAGGAAAUAUUUUCCGAUGACCUUGCCGCAUAUCUAGGCGGCUCAUUGCUGCAGGCUGGGUCUGAAACGACAUCAAGCAUACUAGUCGGUUUCAUUCAGGCAAUGACAAUUUUCCCCGACGUGGUGAAAUAUGCUCAAGAAGAACUCGAACGUGUUUGCGGCGAUAAACGUAUGCCCGAUCUGAAUGAUGUCCCUAACCUUCCCUACAUCCGAGCUUGUGCCAAGGAAAGUCUGAGAUGGAUGCCCGGAUUUACACUAGGGAUCCCACACUCCGUUACUCAAGAUGAUACGUAUAUGGGGUACCAGAUACCAUCGGGUUCAACGGUCAUCUUGAACGUCUGGUGUGUAAUUUCAGCAUACUUCUCUUUUGUUAGCCUUGAGGGGAAUAUUUUGCUAAUGGUUUAGGGCUGUGCAUAACGAUCCUAAGCGACAUCCCUACCCACGGCAGUUUGACCCCAUGAGGUAUAUUGGUGAUGAACAGACAUCGACAAAUGCAUCUAAUAACCCUGACGCUACUAAGAGAGAUCAUUUCGUUUUUGGUGCUGGAAGGCGAAAAUGCCAAGGCAUGCACAUCGCGGAUAGGUCUCUGUUUCUUGCAAUUGGACGUCUUCUCUGGGCUUUCAAUUUCGAGAGACUAUCGGACCCAGAAACUAACCAGGAGAUCAUACCGGAUAUGAAUGAUUUGGCGGAAGGUGUAAUGAUGCUUCCUAAGCCUUUUCGGACCAAGAUAACCCCUCGAAGCGCUGAGAAGGCUGAGUGCAUAAGAAAGGAAUGGGGCCAAAUGGAAGAGCUUCUUGAUGAGGUGGCCCAGUGGAAAGUGGUCCCAGAGGGAUUGGUUUGGGGAGAUGAGCAUAAUCUUGAGUGA